AUCAUGGCCGACGUCGAAGUGAGCACGCGAGCUUACUCGAAACUCUUUCUUCACGCUUCAAAAUACCCUCACUGCUCAGUAAAUGGCGUUCUUUUGGCAGAAAAACCAAAACAGAAGGAAACAAAGACCUUGAAAUUUGUAGACUGCAUACCUUUUUUCCAUCUCUCGCUUAGUUUAGCGCCGAUGUUGGAGGUGGCCCUCACACAGGUUGAUUCAUAUUGUAAAAGCAAAGGUCUGGUGAUAGCUGGUUAUUAUCAAGCGAAUGACUAUUUCAGGGACCCAAACCUAAAUGCCAUUGCGCUGAGAAUAGGAGACAAAAUCAGAGAGCAUUUCCCAGAGGCAUUAAUAUUUAUGAUUGAUAAUAGAAAGAUGAGUGGUGAUUGUGAGGAGGUAGUCUACAGAAUACACCAGAACCAAGACGGAAAAUGGAAACAGUUAGAAAAUGUUAAAUAUAUAGACACAUUGGAGCCAAACGCAUUGGAAGCCACGAGCACGUUGUUCGAUUCAAAAGCCCACAGUAUUCUCACCGAUUUCGAUAACCAUUUAGACGACAUCACCAAGGACUGGAGAAAUGUGGACAUUAAUUCACAUCUCGAGCAUUUGUCCUAGUUUAUCACGAUAAACCUCGCCAUGUGUUUAACAUGUAUUUGUAAAUCACUGGGUGUGUUUGAGGGGAUUUGAUAUUUUAACUGGUAUAUGUUCGAAUUGACACUUUCUCUGAGUGUGGUGCCACUGGUGGCAUACUGGUUAUGGUGUCUGACUCUCAAUCCAGUGUCGUUGGUUCAAAUCCAUGUCUCAUUGCCUCUUUGUCCUUCACAGGUCGAAUUCUGGUGAGAGCUGAAAUGACACCAACCAUUUGAUAAUCCGGAGUGCCUCUGUGGAGACCAAUAGUACUGACAGUUGUGUCUUUAGUAAAGACACUGGUCGGUAAAAGUGUUAUAUAAAAAUCGCCAUUACAUUGCUUGGUGCAUUGAAACUGGUUGGAUGUUGGGUCCCUUUUGGAGUUUGUUGUCUGUUAUCUUGCCAAUAUAUAACAUCUGAGUGAGAGACACAGACUAUAUCUUUCUUCUUCUAAAAAGAAUUUGACAUUUGAAUCUGAGAAAAACUUAUGCCUUUGUGUAAUGUAGGGUAACCUUUUGGUUUGAGUCUGAUUACCCAUGCACCACUCUCCUCACUACCUACUUGGUUGUAAUAAUGUAAAAUUGGGGCUUGAAAAGCUAUUUCAAAUAAUUGUCUGUAAAUUUAUUUCUGUUAGAAUAUUUAUGUGUCUGGUGGGAUGAAAUAAGUGUUGAUUGCAUCAUUUGGCAAUUUUUUCUUGAAUAUUGUAUUCACUUGAUAAAUGAGUAUAUGGUUGCUCCAAGAGAAAUGAAUUGCAGUAAAAACUCUCGGAAGAUAGAUUAGCCCUACAUUGUUCGUUGGAUGUAUUCUUGAAUUUCUAUUGCGUCUACAUUGUAGGGUAUUGGAAGUGUUCCUUUCUCCCAAGUUCAUUGGGCUGUACGGGUAGGGCCUAUUAUUUGACGCCCUCUAUCUAGUUGGAGAACUUUGCAAUAUUCCUUGACCUUUUUCACUUCUUUAUUUAUGAAUUUGUAACUUUCAAGUCGUGGGCCAUUUAUAUUAGAGUUUGAAACAAGAUUGUGAAAUAAAAAGAAAAGUUCAUGCCUUGUUCUUGAAUGAUACGUGUUGUCUUGUUCAAAUUUGGCUGUACCAAAUCUUGAGGUUUUAAGAAGGAAUUGGGGAGAGCAAACAGUGAUUACUAUCUGGUUCUGUUUCUCAAUAUCGGGCUUUGAUUUGGGUGAGACUUGGCAGAAAUUUGAAAAAUUGUGAUUGCAGGGAAACAGACUGAACAAGCUUUAAUUUCCCGCAAAUACAGGCUGCUUACUGCUCCCCAGUCACACUCGAAUUCUAAUGUGAUUUGCCCGAAUUGCUGUCGUUUCACACCUAAGCUGUUUUCCCCCUAUGUACUUGGUAGUUCUGCCCCCGAUGUUAAAAAAUUAACUUUAGGACCAAAGAGAUUUGAACAUUGUUGGGGACAGUUCAAAACCUGACAAUUAUAAGUUUGCUCUGUAAUCUGUCGAAAGAGUUGUGAAACCACCACCAUGACAGGUAUCUCUAUUUGAGUAAUAUAUCAUUUGAAAAGCAGCAAACAAGUCCAAAGAAGCAUGAGGUGGACUUAGACGGCUGAACAACCAUGGGGCAAAAAGGCUAGGGGAUGAAAUGACUGUACUAAUUGUAGUUCAUGUACUUUGUACUUUCAAAAACCAUUCUUUCGGCCAAAAUGCAUGGCUAUACUAAGCUGUAAAUAAAGCAUUAGUAUCAAAGGA